UGGUCACGAGCCGGCUGUUUCCGGUCGGAGAUGGUGGCGCUGGAGACAGACGGAUUACAGCGUUAGAUGUUCCAUUCGCAAUGGGUGAGAUAAAAGUCUCCCCUGAUUAUAAUUGGUUCCGGAGUACAGUUCCGCUGAAAAAGAUAAUAGUGGAUGAUGAUGACAGUAAAGUGUGGUCCCUUUAUGAUGCUGGACCCAGAAACAUAAGGUGCCCAAUUAUAUUUCUUCCCCCGGUCAGUGGAACUGCAGAUGUGUUUUUCCAGCAGAUUUUAGCACUAACUGGAUGGGGUUAUAGAGUUAUCUCUUUACAGUAUCCUGUUUAUUGGGACCUCCUUGAAUUUUGCGAUGGAUUCAGGAAACUUUUAGAUCACCUGCAGCUGGAUAAGGUUCACAUUUUUGGUGCUUCCUUGGGAGGAUUUUUGGCACAGAAAUUUGCAGAAUAUGCCCACAAAUCACCCAGAGUUCAUUCCCUUAUCUUGUGUAAUUCAUUCAGUGACACAUCUAUCUUCAAUCAGUCUUGGACUGCCAAUAGUUUUUGGCUGAUGCCUGGAUUUAUGCUGAAAAAGAUUGUUCUUGGAAACUUUACAUCUGGUCCUGUGGAUUCAAAAAUGGCAGAUGCAAUAGAUUUCAUGGUUGAUCGGUUGGAAAGUUUGGGACAGGGUGAGCUGGCCUCUCGUCUCACUCUUAAUUGCCAGAAUUCCUACGUAGAACCUCACAAGAUUAAAGAUGUUCCUGUUACAAUAAUGGAUGUCUUUGACCACAGUGCACUUUCUCAAGAAGCCAAAGAAGACAUGUACAAAUUAUAUCCAAAUGCGAGGCGAGCACAUCUUAAAACUGGUGGUAAUUUUCCUUAUUUGUGUCGCAGUGCUGAAGUUAACCUUUAUAUUCAGAUCCAUCUUCGGCAGUUCCAUGGUACGCGUUAUGCUGCAAUUGACCCUGCCAUGGUGAGUGCUGAGGAACUUGAAGUACACAGAGCCAGAGUUGAUAAUAUGAAUGAAGAAGAGUUGUAACAGCUGUCCUUGAAGAAAAGUACAUAAAGGCAUUCUGCUGCAAACUGAUUUUUUUUAUAUACUGUAUACAAGAAGUCAGUGGUGCCUUUUUAGAGUUUUUCUUUAUAACAUGUUGAGAGAUGUCAGUUUAUUUUUGUUUAUUACUUAAUGAAUUUAAUCCCCAAAACAUAUGUCCUUAACAGCUGUGGUUUGUUGGACAAUCUUCAAGCCAAUAAAUGAUGUACUCUCCAAGCUACGUAUAAAUAACCAACUGAGAGUGCAAGUAUCCUUUGUGUAGCUUAAAUCGAUUUUAUUUCAGCUUCCCUUUGAAAUAGCAUUGGAUCAGUUCAGUGUGUCAUAUACUACUUGUCUGUGGUCCACAUACAUGCUGGUUCUUGAUACUAGGCUUGUAUUUUACUAAAGUAUGUAAAAUUAUUCUAUAGGGCCUUUUUUGUACUUGAUUUGAUAUCUAAAAUGAAAAUAUUUUAAAUCAUUUAUUUAAAAGGUUGCCACAAUUUGUUUUGAAGUUAUUGCAAAACAAUUAAAUAUGCACAUUACUUUGUGUACUUACUAAUGUUUGAUUUGCUACUGGUUCUGUUUACGGUUCCAAAUAUAAAGCUGGGAUUUGAAAGCUUAAGUGUGUAACUUUUAGUAUUUAUAAAGUAAUUGUUUAUGUUGUAAACAGUCGUAUAAUUAAACUUGUUUCGCUCUAAUUACUUCUGUUGGGAAAAAACAAUUCAGUGAUGUUAAUGCCAUCAUGUUUGCUGCAUUUUGUAAACUUCAGACACAAAUAGAUAAUGUCCAAAGCUACUUUUAAGACUGUCAUUCAUUACUGAGCUCUCUCAAUGGUGACUUUGCAUUAAUAUAUUGUGAUAGUUAACGAAUUGCUUUUGUUUUGAUAACUGUUCAGAGCCAAAUAUAAUUUGACACCUGAUUUAUUUCCCUCUCCAUCGCUGCACUUCAGUCCAACUUGAUGAAUUUCUUUUUAAGUUAAAUGAUCUUAAAGAAGCUGUACUGCUUUCUAUCCAACAUAAGUUCUUCAUCGCCAGCUUCCUCUUUCCUGCAUUGCAGGAUUUGGUGCCGAGUAAUAAACUAGGAUUUAUUAAUCUUACAGUACAAGAUCCAGUGUCUUCAAUAUAACAGUAUAACUGAGUCCCUCACUCUUUACUGUGUCUUUUCUCAGCCCUUCACAUCCUUGCUAAAGUACAUGACUAGAGUUAUUUGCAACAACAUAAUGGUUUAACCUAUAUUUUAUUGAAGACAUAGUACAGCACAAGAACAGGUCCUUAGGCCCAAAAUGUCUGUGCUGACCCUGAUGCCAAAAUAAACUACCUGCCAUGGUUUAUAUUCCUCCCAGUUACUGAAUAUUGAGGUGCCUGUCUAAAUAGCUCUUCAGCACUACACGAUUGUGUCUGCAUUCACCACCAUCCUUGGCAGAGUGUUCCAGGAACUGAGGUUGAUCCUUUAUAUCAGGGGCAUCAAGCUUGCUAAUGGAGACUGAUGAAUCUUUUACCUUGUACUCCCUAUGAAUGUUUUGUUAAACAGACUUGUAUCUUGUCAUUUCUUUGGUGGCAGAUGCAGUGCCAGCGAAACUAGAUGAUUCAAACAUCAGACUGAAUUUAUGACCCAACAGAGACAGAUCAAAAUUAUUUUUAUAACUUUGCAAUCAGUUUCUGAAAAUCAUUGUAGUCAACAUUGGCACCAUUCCUUUUACCAACAUUCUUAUGUUAAAAGUACAAUCAGGUUCAAAAAUAAUUCAACUUUGGCUCAUCUAUGUUUGGCUUCCAUUUAUUCAUUUGAAAUUCUUAGUGCCAAAUACAUUUUCCCCCAUUAUCUUAGAACUUUUGUGGCAUUAGGUGAACUGUCCAAGCUAUUCUAGAAGUCAGCUUGUUAUCCAUGGGAUUGUUGUAGGAUCCUGUUAUUUUUCCAUGAAGGUGGCCUAUUAUUAGGUCAUUGCUCUCAGAACUUGUGCUUUAUUUUUACUUGGUCAUUGACAAAUUAAGUCCAUGUCCUCAAUGCCUCUCUAGCAAUAGUUACCUUCUCAGGAGCAACAUUGAAAUUCCUCCUUGUCUUCUGGUCCAUCAAAGGCACCUUAUCAUAGCAUCAGGAAACUCAUCACUGUUCUUAGACCAUCAGCUAGAAAUUGAAAUGUGGGUUUGAGCCUGGCAUUACCGAAUGUGGCCAAGCUCAGCCAUUGCCCAAUGAGAACCUUUGAGAGCCUUUGCCCAAGAUGGAAGGUGCCACUCUGAAUUCUGACAGUUUAAGAAGAAUGUACAAGAGUUGGAUUCAUUGCUGGUUUGUUACCAGGAGUUCACUGUGAACUUGAAUGUAAUUCGGAUUGGGUUAACUUUCCAAAAACUUUAGCUUUUGACAAAUAACCUGGAAAGUCUGGGGACUAUUUUUUAACUUCUCUCUUCAGCAGUCUGAGACAUUUGGAAUUCAGUCAGGUCUUUGUUCACAUUGUAGCUACCAUGGUAGCCAAAAUAAGAUAGUUUAAAUGAUAAUCUAGUAAACUGAACCUUGAAGCCAAAGUAAGUAUUAAUUGCUUGCUCUAUAGCCUGGCUCUGUGACGGUUGGAACUUUUGAUCAAGUAUUAACUUGUAAAGAUAGGUUUUGUUGUAAAUUAUGACUCUGUAAUUUUAUGAAAUGACGAGAAAUGAGAUUUACUACUAUGCUGAAUAGAUUAAUUCCAAGGAAAUAAUAUUGAAGUGUUUAUAUUCCAGAUUUUCAUCUUAAUGUAUUAAGGGAUUAAUAGGAUUUUUUUUUGUCUUCUAGUUUCCUGAGGAAACUCUUUAAUUUGUACAUUUAGAACUGCUUUCAGCAAUUUGAAGUUUAUUGUACAGCAGGAAUAUGUGCAAUAAAAUUAGAAACCUCUGCUUUGUUUUUAUUCUGUAAACUUUAGCCAGAAAGAGCAGUAACAGUACUCUCUUAAUACAAAUCCAGCAGUAUUCUGAAUAAAAUACAUUAUUUGUUUUGGCUUUCCAAAUAUAGUCUUGAUUUUUUGACUGAUCUUUUGUGGAAGGGAAAGGUGGAAUUGCCAUCUUUUUGCUGUCACCUAUGAAAUUCUUAUAAUCUAAGAUCCCAGCAAACAUAGCUGACCCACCCUCUGUGAUUUUUACUGUGCCCUAGUUUCUACACGGAUUAAAGAUGGUCUUUGUAAUACAAUUCUGCGAGGAAGCCAUGGCUUCAGAUGACGUCCUGGGAGAAAGUGUGUCUGCAUUUGAUCUU